AGGAGGGGAUAUGGACCAAGAAAGCCUCAUCUGUUCAUCAACCUCAUCCACAACCCCAACACUCUCUCAUUCCCAUGAGCUCCAUCGGCCAAAACAUCCUGAUGGCUCUCGCCCUCACUCUCAACCAAUUCGCUUCCUCAAACGUCCAAUCCGUCCAGAGAAACAAACCCAAAACGCCACCCACCACCACCGCCACCACCUCCGCCUCCACCUCCGCCAGUUCUGACAUCCAACGCAGAGGCCUCCUCUUAUCUGCCGCCGUGGCCGCCGCCGUGGACUCCAGAACCGAGCUCCUAAAAAGGUACCUAAAGAAAUCUGAAGAAAACAAAGAAAAGAACGACAAGGAGAGAUUGGAGAGUUUCUACAAGCGAAAUUACAAAGAUUAUUUUGAGUUUGUUGAAGGAUCUUUGAAGAACAAGGAUGAACUUUCUGAAGCUGAGAAAGGUAUCAUUGAGUGGCUUAAGAGAAACAAAUAAAUGAAUUUCUUCUAUCAAUUAUCAAUUAUCAUUUCAACGAUCGAUCUCAAUCAAUUUAUCACUUUCACAAUUAAAAGGAAAGUUGCCAUA